CCGACUGAAAUACUUGGCCAAUGGCGGGCUUAUACCCACAGUCUGGGUCCUGUGAGUCAGACUAGUAAAGAAGUUAAAAAAAAGUCGAAAGUGAAACUGUUUCAAACUCAAACGUCAUUUAAAAGACGGAGGACAAAGAGGAUGCAGUAAAAAGGAAUUAAAUUGGUUAAAAGAACUGACUUGGCUGGGUUGGGAUAGAACCCACAUGUGGUCUAACCUGGUCAGAUGUGUUCCAGUCUCCUGAGAUAGAGGGCGCUGUUUAUACACAAUGAGUCUCUCAGAGGAGCCAGACACCGAAGGAGGAACCCUCAGCACUGAGAGGAAGAGAGUCCAGGUAGAAAGAGCAGGGUCACCUGUACCCAGCUGUCUGUCUAUGAAGAGUGAUCAUUCAGUUGAUCGUCUAAUCACAUUCACAGGAGAGGUCACAGGUGAUCAAAGAGUCCAGGUAGAAAGAGCAGGCUCACCUGUACCCAGCUGUCUGUCUAUGAAGAGUGAUCAUUCAGUUGAUCGUCUAAUCACAUUCACAGGAGAGGUCACAGGUGAUCAAAGAGUCCAGGUAGAAAGAGCAGGGUCACCUGUACCCAGCUGUCUGUCUAUGAAGAGUGAUCAUUCAGUUGAUCGUCUAAUCACAUUCACAGGAGAGGUCACAGGUGAUCAAAGAGUCCAGGUAGAAAGAGCAGGCUCACCUGUACCCAGCUGUCUGUCUAUGAAGAGUGAUCAUUCAGUUGAUCGUCUAAUCACAUUCACAGGAGAGGUCACAGGUGAUCAAAGAGUCCAGGUAGAAAGAGCAGGGUCACCUGUACCCAGCUGUCUGUCUAUGAAGAGUGAUCAUUCAGUUGAUCGUCUAAUCACAUUCACAGGAGAGGUCACAGGUGAUCAAAGAGUCCAGGUAGAAAGAGCAGGGUCACCUGUACCCAGCUGUCUGUCUAUGAAGAGUGAUCAUUCAGUUGAUCGUCUAAUCACAUUCACAGGAGAGGUCACAGGUGAUCAAAGAGUCCAGGUAGAAAGAGCAGGCUCACCUGUACCCAGCUGUCUGUCUAUGAAGAGUGAUCAUUCAAUUGAUCGUCUUAUCACAUUAAGCGGAAAGGUCACCGGUGACCGAAGGAUUCCGCAGUCACUCCAGUCCUGCUCUUUAGAAGAGAACAGUUCAGAGAGAUUUUCUUCCCCAAGACAGUCUCUCCUGCGCACUUUGAUGAAGCUGAAGAAGGAUGAGAAGUUGAAACAGUUUCAGAGCCAUCUGAGUCAGGAUUGCCCAGAAUGCUUUAAGACUCUGUCUGAAGAUCCUUCUGUACUGGUUAAGUUUAUGAAGAUGAAGGAAUUGUUCAAAAGUCAUCGAAUUGAAGAUUACCCAGAAUGCAUUGAGAGAGAGCAGAAGGAUCCUGAGGCCCUGUACAUAGUUGAGAAGUUGCUGGAGACCUGUGGCAGUGAGAGGUCUCUGAAGAUCACACUCCACAUCUUGAGGAACAUGAAGCAGAAGGAUCUCACUGACUCACUGGAGAGAGAUGAGCAGCGCAAUGAAUCCAUAAAAAUAGCCCAGAAGGCACUUAAAGCUCAUCUAAAGAGGAAGUUUGAAUGCAUAUUUGAAGGUUUAUCAAAGCAGAGCGGCCGAACCCUCCUCAAUGAGAUCUAUACAGAGCUCCACAUCACAGAGGGGGGAAGUGGGGGGGUCAAUAAUGAACACGAGGUCAGACAGAUUGAGACAGCAUCCAAGAGACAAACCACACAUGAGACUGCAAUCCUCUGCAAUGACAUCUUUAAGCCUUUACCUGGACAAAAGAAACCCAUCAGAACUGUGCUUACAAAGGGCAUCGCUGGCAUUGGGAAAACUGUCUCUGUGCAGAAGUUCAUUCUGGACUGGGCAGAAGGAAAAGCCAAUCAGGACGUUGAUUUCAUCUUCACUCUUCCUUUCCGAGAUCUGAAUUUGAAGAAGGAAAGAGCAUUCAGUCUGAUGCAACUUUUGCAGCACUACUUUCCACAACUGAAAGAGAGCCAAAGUGUUGAAGGUGAUGAGGUCAAAGUGGUGUUUAUCUUUGAUGGUCUGGAUGAGUGUCGACUUCCUCUAAAUUUCCAAAGCAAUAAGAAGUGCUGUGAUAUAACAGAAUCAUCAUCAGUGGAUGUGCUGCUGACCAACCUCAUUAAGGGGAAUCUGCUUCCCUCUGCUCUCGUCUGGAUCACCUCCCGACCAGCAGCAGCCAAUCAGAUCCCUCCUGAGUGUGUCCACCGAGUGACAGAGGUACGCGGGUUCAAUGACCCACAGAAGGAGGGGUACUUCAGGAAGAGAAUCAAAGAUCAGAACCAGGCCAGCAGAAUUAUCUCACACAUACAGUCAUCCAGGAGUCUUUACAUCAUGUGUCACAUACCAGUCUUCUGCUGGAUUUCUGCUACUGUUCUGGAGACAAUGUUGUGUGAAACAGAGAGUGGAGAUCUGCCUAAAACUCUGACUGAAAUGUAUACACACUUCCUGCUCAUUCAGACUAAUGUGAAGAAUCAGAAGUAUCAUGGCACUGAUGAGACAGACCCAAAGAAGAUGUCAGCAUCAGAUACAGAAAUCAUCCUGAAACUGGGGCAGCUGGCUUUUCUACAGCUGGAAAAGGGCAAUCUGAUAUUCUAUGAAGAGGACCUGAGAGAGAGUGGCAUUGAUGUCAGUGAAGCUUCAGUGUACUCUGGGGUGUGCACAGAAAUCUUUAAAGAGGAGUGUGGGUUAUAUCAGGAGAAGGUCUACUGCUUUGUGCAUCUGAGCAUUCAGGAGUAUCUGGCUGCCUUGUUUGUGUUUCAUUCAUGUGUAAAUGAGAACAGAAAUGUACUCGGAGCAGAAGAAUCAGAACCUCACAGUGACAGAGUGCAGCUGUCUGAGUUACACAGGACUGCAGUGGAUCAGGCCUUAAAGAGUAAGAAUGGACACCUGGACCUUUUCCUCCGAUUCCUUCUUGGCCUGUCUCUGGAGUCCAGUCAGAUACUCUUCAGAGGACUACUGACACAGACAGGAAGCAGAUCACCUGUACCAGACCUACAGACACAGACAGAAAGCAGAUCACAGAGCAUUGAGAAAACAGUCCAGUACAUUAAGACAUGUAUCAGAGUGGAAUCUUCAGCAGAGAGGACCAUCAAUCUGUUCCACUGUCUCAGUGAACUGAAUGACAACUCUCUAGUGGAGGAAAUCCAGAAUUCCCUGAAAUCAGGAAAACUUUCUGAGAACGAGCUGAAACCAGACCAGUGUUCAGCUCUGGCCUUUGUGUUACUGAUGUCAGAGGAGGUCCUGGAUGAGUUUGACUUGAAGACCUACAACACAUCAGCAGCAGGUCGUCAGAGACUGGUACCAGUAGUCAGGAACUGCAGGAAGGCCACACUGAACAACUGUUACCUCAGAGAGGAGUCCUGCGAUGUUGUGGCCUCAGCUCUCCAGUCAUCAAACUCACCCCUGAGAGAUCUGGACCUCAGCUACAAUAACCUGAGAGAUUCAGGAGUGAAGCUGAUCUGUGCUGGACUGAUGAGUCCAAACUGUAAACCAGAGAGACUGGACCUCAGCUACAAUAACCUGAGAGAUUCAGGAGUGAAGCUGCUCUGUGCUGGACUGAUGAGUCCAAACUCUAAACUACAGACACUGGGGUGA